AUGACUUCAUUUCAAUCUCUAUUCCUUCUAUCUUGGCUCAUUGGAUCAGUCUUUGGCUUUCAAUCGCUUUUGCCACAUUCCAAAAAGAUUUCAUGCGGUCAAUCAACCUCAACAACCAAGUUGUCAGAAAUUCAGGGAGAUCCACUCCGAGACGCAACUGGAAUUCGUCCUUCUCUCCACCCCACUACUAUCAAUGCGAUCUCAAAUGCUUUGAAAGCCCGUGCCAUGAAAAAGGAAGGCGCUCACUUUCAGGCUUCCGACACUGUCGAACCACUGGAAGUUGCUGUCACAGCCGGAUUAUUUGCAAGCGAGGCUGUUGCAUUGCGACAAAAAUCAUCCGAAGGAGAUGGAAUGACACUUGCACCAGAAGAAGAACAAACAAUUGCUGGGAGAGUGGUUGGAGUGGUCAUGAGAUUUGAUACUUUGGAGUCUUUACUUCAUGAAAAGGUCUCCAACGUUGGGUGGAUUGCAAAGUACGACGAGUGGGCUACCUUUGGUACACUGAAGGACGAAAGCGAAGAAGGAGCAGUAGAUAACCGAAUCAAAGAUGAUCCAUUAUUCUGCGUCAGUAGGGCAGAGUGUUUGUUGGCGCUAUUCUUGGAUACUGUGGAAGCUCCAACUAUGGCAAAAGUCGGUCAAACUGUUCCUGACCAAAGUAAAAUAGAUUUCUUGGAUGCCGAUCGGAUAGAAGUCCUGGUGUCAAGUGACAAUUAG